GAAACGGAUGAACGGUAAAUAUAAUAAAAAUAAAGUAAAAUAUACAUAAAAAAAAAAAAAAAAACGAGAAAAGGAGAAGACGGUGCGGGAGAGAAAUGGAUUGGGGUGCGCAGUACUCGUCGAGGCGCACGUUAGAGGUCAUCCUCUAUAUCUCUGGGUCCUUCCGUUUCCGCUUCUUUAUCCCUGAAAACCUAGACGCACGAACCUCCCCCUACCUGUUGUUUCGCUCGCAUUCUCCUCCUCCCCCGCGUAGAUCUGAAGCCACAUCCACUCGCCUCCUCUCUGUCUUUCGCUGCGUUUUCGGUUUUGACGAAGAUCGGCCUCCGAGGGUUUCUUCUGUGGAAACCGCUCUUUUCCCCAUCGGAUCUCCUUGAUUUUCAGAAGAAUUUUGAGAUUUAAUAACCAUCCAGAAGUUGAAUUUCUUGAUUUUGUGGAUAGCGGGUAUCAGCUGAGUAGCUGCAAUGCCGGCCCAUGUUGAUAAAUAUGAAGCAUAUGAUGACUAUGCGGAUGAACUGGAAGAGGAUGAAGAGGAGGAGGAGGAAUAUGAGCAAGAAGAAGAAACGAAACCUUCUGCUGAAGAACUGGAAUAUCUUAAUUACAGAGAGCUGAAGAAGGCACAAAUUAGGAAGAAGAUGCAGAAGGAAUAUGGGGCAGCUGCUGCUGGGUCCCAAGAUAAUAAGAGAAAACCUUAUCUUGAAAGCAGUUUUGGUUCAUUUUUCGGCCCCUCUCAGCCAGUUAUCGCCCAGAGAGUUAUCCAGGAAAGCAAGUCGUUGCUGGAGAACCCACACUUGGCAAUGAAAGUUAUCAACUCACAGCGUAAUGAGAAACGGAGUUCAUCCACAGCCACGGCUUCAACGAAUGGCGUAACUGAGAGGAUGUCGAAAAUGAAAAUUGAGCAACAAACAAAAGCCCAGAAACUCAAGGAUACAAGGGAUUACUCGUUUCUGUUAUCCGAUGAUGCAGCUGUCCCAGUUCCCGCAAAAGAUCCUGCUGUGCGAAGAGUGUCUGUUUCUCAGUCUGAGGCACGAUCUGCUCAAGUGCAACAGAAGAGCAACCAGCCUAUGGGCAAUGGUUACAGGCAUGUUAAUGGUGCUCGUGAACAGCAGAGGGGAUCAGUUCAUGGGAAUGGCCAACCACAAUUUGGAGCAGGGUCUCGCAAGGCUAUUUCAACCUCAGGAGCUAGGCCAAAUGCAUCACCAGUAGAUUCUAGGAGGCAGCUUGCUAAAAACAAUGGUAUUGGACCGGGACGGCCAUCGACAGGUACAAUGAAAGGGCCGUCUCCAAAGAUUGCUGCUGGUCAUGUGGAGAAGAAGACUCCUUUGCCAGCUUCCAAGACCAUACUACCCCCAACUCGCAAGCCUCUCCCUUCAAAAAUGCAGUCAGGCAUUCAACGGCCUCAGUUGGGAACCAGGAGAGUAGUGCAAGAACCUAAUAGACAUCCUGAGUACAGAAGGAUAGUGCAGGAUCCAAGUAGGCAGUUAGAGAACAGAAAAGCAGCACAAGAACCCAGUAGAUCUAAAACGAUGUCAAAUCAACAGCCACAUUCUAGACCUCAGAUGAAUAAGCCACCUGUCAGACCAACCUCAUCCUACCCUUUAGCACAACAGAGUAGUGUGAUUAAAAGGCCUGUUCCACGGCGUCCUGAUGAUGACCACAUUGACCGGUACAGUAAGCCUGUCAAAAGAAUUAUCUCACAUGAUGUUCGACCUAAGAAAAAGCAUUCUGAGGAUGAAGAUGCUUUUGCUGAGCUCAGACAGAUGUUAGGGAGGCCAAAGUAUGCCGAGUAUGAAGAUGAUGAUGUUAGUGACAUGGAGGCCAACUUUGAUGACAUAAUGGAGGAAGAGAUGAGAAGUGAGAGAAUAGCGAAGCAGGAGGAUGAAGAAGAACUGAAGCUGAUAGAGGAAGAGGAGAGGCGAGAGAGAAUGCGAAGAAUGGCUAAGAAGCGCAAGUUAAGUCGUUAGUGCCCCGUUAGUUUUUGCUGUCCUCAAAAGGCAGGAGGAAAAUGAAGAACAAAAGAAGUCGGGACUCAUGUAGUUUGAAUUGGGUCCUCAUUGGCGUUCGAUUUCAGUUCAGAUUUCCUUAGGGUGUUGUGUAAUCACAAUUUUUUUAGAUGUAAUCUUAUGGCUAAAUAAAAUAUUGGGUUCUCCUAUGAGUGGUUGGUUCUUGAGUCGCCGUUUUCUCUUGAGAAGAAAGACUGCAUUGAACUGGAUUGGACCGUAGGGUUGGGUAAUUUUGGAUUGGGAAUCUCGGGUUGCAGAUCAUCAUGGAUAAGGUCAUGUUGAGUUGACUGAUAUUUGGUUAAUAUAAGAUCCAUCGAGAGAGAGUCUCGUGUUAUUUUGGG